GGCAGGCAAGCAAGCAGGCAGGCAGGCAGGCAAGCAGGCAGGCAGGCAAGCAGGCAGGCAAGCAGGCAGGCGAACACACAAGCAGCUGGAGCACAAAGCGUGGAGUUGAGGUGACUCUGAGACAAGGAAAAAACACAAGACGUAAGCCACACAGGCAAAAUCCAAAAACAGGAGAAACAACUGAUGGAAGAUACUGAGAGGCAGUUAGGAACAUCUACCACUUAGUAGGAGUAUACUCGGGCAAUGAACAGUUCUGAGACCUCAGCUUAAGUAGACCCACCACCAGCUCAUCAGGGAAUUGCCUGCACCUGGCCCAGCCUGCAGGGAAAAACCACGCCCACUCACACUCACACACACGCACACACCCACACACACACACACUCACACACACACAGGUCAGGACAUGUCAUGGCAUGAAGUUAUUCAUGUUGCUGCUUAGUGGCAGUUUAAUUUAACAAAUAAUGCAUCUUGCUGUAUUUUUGUCUCUAAGUGAAAAUUAGCACCACAACAUACUGUUCUCAUGUUUGAUGCAGAAGUACGCGACUCUGCACAGUUGUACGUGAUAGGUUCUGAUGUCACAUAGGAGACAGCUAAACGUGAUGGCUGUAUGGGCAUGAACAUACAAAAGUAGUAAAAAUGUAUGGAAGUGGUCCAGCCACCCAUGUUUUGUAUGUAUGUCAUUUUAUUAUCGAUAUGUUUUAGGGAAUUUAUACCAAAUGAGCAACUUGUGAGUAAUGAAGUAUCAGUCCCGCAGAGACGAUCUGCUCAUCCCUAAAUUUCCACCAAUGAAAAAGUAAAUGUUCAGUUAAAGAGCAGCUGUGUAACUACACAUUUCACACCAUCAGAGACACUAAACACUUAUGAACAUACAAAGGUUUUUGUUCAAAUGUCCAUAUUUGCAAUUAAAAAAGAGCUCAUCCCUACUGUUCACACUGUUUUCCACUGUGUGAUCAGAGUAUACCAGUAAAUAUUUUUUUCUUGAGGAUUAUUUUUGCUGACUGACUUUCAUCUAUAAAUCUUUCCUAUUCAUUUUUUCUUAAACAAACAUGCCCUACAUAUUUUCUACUAACUUGUGUGUUAAACUUACACACUGAAUCAAAUAAAGCUGAUUCUUGACAAAUUGGGUAUACAGAUACAUAUAUCAUAUGCAUAUCUGUGUGUGUCUGAAAGAACAGGGUACUAAAGAGUGAACGCCCAGGAAAUCUGGACAGGGGAGGAGUUGGAGUAUGUUUUCACAACUGGGGCUGAGCCUCCAAUUACAAUAGAAACAAUGUUAUGCAAUGGGAAGCGAGAGGAGGGACAGAAAUGUUUGCUUGACUGAGGAAAAACUACAGCAGGAAAAGAGGGAAGUGUCAGAAAUACAGCAGAGAAAGAAGCGGUGUUCAGCAUGGCAUUUAAUCGGGGCAUGUUACCUCCUCGACCAGAGCUGUUUGAUUUCCAUGGAGUCUCAAUGAGCCACUAUUUCACAGACAACUGGGAGAACGUUCAAAACUUCCAGGCCAGACCAGAUGACAUACUUAUUGCAACAUACCCCAAAGCAGGAACCACAUGGGUCUCCUACAUACUCGACCUGCUGUAUUUUGGUCAAACAGAGCGACAGCAAUCCAUCCCAAUCUUUGACAGAGUGCCUUUUUUGGAGAUCAUGGUCCCGUCUUUGGGUUCAGGAAAAGACCUGGUGGACAACCUCCCCACCUCUCCUCGGCUCAUUAAGACUCACUUUCCAGUCCAAUUUGUGCCAAAGUCCUUUUGGGAGCAAAAUUGCAGGAUCAUCUAUGUGGCCCGCAAUGCCAAAGACAACAUGGUGUCUUAUUUUCACUUCGAUCGCAUGAACAUGGUUCAGCCAGAGCCUGGAGACUGGAACAACUACAUCCACAGAUUCAUGGAGGGAAAGCUGGUGUUUGGAUCCUGGUAUGACCAUGUGAAUGGCUGGUGGAAGAAGAAACAGAGUAAUUCGAAAGUCCAUUACGUGUUCUAUGAAGAUCUGGCUGAGGACACUGGACGGGAAAUAGACAAACUUUGCAGUUUUCUUGGAUUGUCUCGCUCAGAUGAGGAGAAGAAAAGAGUAGCAGGUGGUGUGCAGUUUGAUAACAUGAAAAAGGACAACAUGGCUAACUAUUCUACAAACGCAGUUAUGGAUUUCAAAAUUUCGCCUUUCAUGAGAAAAGGAAAAGUUGGUGACUGGAAAAACCAUUUCACUGUUUCCCAGAAUGAACAGUUUGAUGAAGACUACAAGAAAAAGAUGACGGACCUCACACUUCAGUUCCGCACUGAAAUUUAAACAGGACCGCACAGGCUGUGUUUAUUUGGAGAUGAGUCUGUGGCGUUUCUGUGAGAUUAUCACCUUCAUUGCCUCAGCGGAUCUCAAACUUUGUUAUAGCCCCCUUCAGAAGCCAAAAUGUUUGUGCCUCCCAACCUACAGCUCUCUAUCAAUUAUUAACAUUAACUUUGGAAGCAAGUAAUAAAAAAAAAAUAAAUAAAGAUCAUUGUGAUAGAAUUAGCAAACUCCUGCUUGUUUAAUUUCCUUAAAUCAAUCACAUUCAUUCAAAUUUCUGUCACUCUCAAUAUUUUCCCCCCAAAUCAUCCACGGGACUCCUUAAAAACAGGGUUUUGCCUGGGGUCAAUGCCCUUAGUGCUGCACACAGAGCGUUGUGUGCCUGAUUUACAUUGUCUUUAGCACACAUUGGGCUUUCAUCACUUGCUGGAUAAGAUAGAAAAAGCCUAACCUAAAAGUUGUUUAUUAACAUAAUCUCUGCCUUAACUCCUAAAUUAAACCCACAGUGGAGCUCAUCCCUAACUGUAACUUCACACAGAGACACAGAGAUAAUUUCUUAUUUUUCUGUGAUCAUCGAUUUACAAAACUACUUGUAGGUUUUUGUUCCUUGUACUGCUGGCAUGUCUGCAACUGCAACUAAAACUUCCUGCAAUUUUUUGAAUGACUUUUAGCUGACUGCUAAUAAAUUCUCACAUUGACCAUCUUAACGCUACACUGAAAAAUAUGUACAACUACAUAGUCCUUAAAUAUACUGACAUUUCAAUUUAGUGUCAUGCAUCAAAAACAUUAGAAACCCAGCACAAAGAGACUUACAAGGUAUCAGUUUCAAUGUAUACAGGUGUGAGACCAAAUAAAAAAGUUAUACAAAAA